AUGCCUCGAAGAGCUCGCAUUCAUUUCGUUUCUCUCAGAUCUUCACUUGUAAACCUUCCAAUCUCUAUAUAUGGACCACUUCUUGAGCGCGGUGUUCGACCUCAAACCCUUGCGGUACAUCUCACUCUCGUAGAUAGCAGCCCAAAUCAAUCCCACAAGAAAGUUGAAGUCUAUGUAGGCUGGACGGGCAUGGCGUCCGCGUCUUCACUGGCCCAAUUCAAUGCCUCUCAGACGACCGAGGGUGGUUUCGAGACGAUAGAAAUUGACCCCCAAUAUUCUCUAGGGCUUGGUCUGGCGCAGGGAGACCUUGUGGAGAUCGGUCUAGUUCAUGACUUAACUUUGGCUGAAUCUGUUGCAACGGAACCUCUCUCUUCCGAUGACUGGGAGAUCAUUGAAAUUCAUGCAUCUCAUGUCGAAUCAACACUCCUUUCUCAGGUUCGAGUUGCCAAACUGGGGCAGGAAAUCGAUGUUUGGGUGCUAGGCAGAACUCGCGUAAGACUGAGAGUCACGAGCCUGAAUCCUUCGUCAAAAGGAGACGCUCUCCUCUUGACCACCAAUACAGAAGUCAGCAUCGCGCCUAAGCUUUCUCGGAAUAAACAAGCAUCAUCGAAGCAAGUUUUCAAUGGAACAUCUGCCACCUCAGCUGCGAAUUCUUCAGCUGCUGGGGCAAAAUCUGAAUCCCCACAACUUCCUUCUCAGAUACUUCGCGUUCUUCCCUUGCGUGUAGCCCCUCCUGUGCAAUUUCCCAAAAGCUCAGGCUCUGAGUCUUUUGCAUUUGUGUCACCACAUACAUUUUCUCGAUUGUAUCCAUCUCGAGGAGAUGACCAGUCUUUACAGUUUUUGAAGACAAACUUGAAGUGUCUCACCCGACCGACAGAUCCUUCACAUCCGACCCUACCUUCCUCUCCCUCUCCAGACCUCGCUACACGUCUCCCGAACUCAGGGGGAAGUGAAACGGGAUUGAAUGAGAUCAACAAAGCUGGGGUUAUAAAUGAUGUAUACACAGGGAUCAUGAAGCAACUGCCAGCCAAUCACAUCCUCUUUCUCAAUCUUCCAGCUGGAGUAGAAGAAUGGGAUCUUUUACGCAGCUCGGCAAUUCAAGACUGUCAAGUAAUAACCUUCGAAGCCACUGAAAUCACUGAGGAAACCAAAAACGCAUUGUCGAGCCCUCCGCCUAGCUUUCUAGCGGGCGUUGAUGAAAUUUUAGGACGGUGCAUUAGCUAUUGCGUCACACAAUAUGUUGCACAUUCGUUUACGCGCUCUGUCUGCGGAGUUCCUGGCCUCCUGGUGACGGGAAGGGCGGGUAGUGGAAAAACGACUCUUGUCCGGGAAGUGGCAAAAACUCUUCAGCAGAACCCCAAAACAUUUACAUACGUACACUAUGUCGACGCGUCCCUCUACGCCGACAAAACCGUGUCGGCCCUGAAGGCCCUUUUUAAUUACUGGUUUGACAAGGUUGCUUGGCAUCGUCCAAGUGUCCUUAUCUUGGAUAACUUAGACAAACUGCUCAGCGCCGAAACUGAGCAUGCAGAUUCAUUUCGCACACGUCAUUUGACGUCAAUUUUUUUAAACAUAUUUUCGGCUUCCGCUCGAACUUCGUCGUUGAACGCUCGUGGAAUUGUCCUUCUUGCUACAGCCUCGUCAACAGCUGCAUUGCAUUCUUAUAUCAGCACUGCACAUCUAUUUAAAGAGAUUGUGAAUGUGCACCCACCCAACAAAGAUGCUCGUCGAGAUGUGUGUUUUGAACGACAGAUGUAUAUUUUACAAGUGCUCACAUCCGAUCAGAUUUUAGCAAGAAUAGUGCAAGACCGAUUGGAGAUUGCCACAGACAUGCAACAGAGCCCGGACUCUCCUCUUAACUUUGCCGCUCUGGCCACGCAAACAGAGGGCUAUUCGGCAGUGGACUUGCAGGAUCUGGUUGCUCGAGCUGUGCAUCAGGUUGCCAUAAGAUCAGCAAAUGAAAUUUCUGGUCCACAUCAAUUGACAUAUGCAGACUUUAUGGCAGCACAGGCUGAUUUCGUUCCCUUAUCGAUUCGAGACAUCAAGCUAGAGAAGUCGGAUGUAGCUUGGUCGGAUAUAGGUGGUUUGUACGAAACGCGUCGGAUUCUUCAAGAGACUCUGGAAUGGCCUACCAAGUAUGGGCCCAUUUUUGCACAGUCACCGUUGAGGUUACGAUCUGGGCUCCUUUUGUAUGGCUUUCCUGGCUGCGGAAAGACCCUGCUUGCAUCCGCUGUCGCGAAAGAAUGUGGUCUAAACUUCAUUAGCGUCAAGGGCCCUGAGAUUCUCAACAAAUACAUCGGCGCCAGCGAGAAAUCUGUGCGAGAUUUGUUCGAACGUGCAAGUGCAGCUAAACCAUGUGUUCUCUUCUUCGACGAGUUCGAUUCUAUCGCUCCUAAAAGAGGACAUGACAGCACUGGAGUUACAGAUCGAGUCGUGAAUCAAAUGCUGACACAGAUGGAUGGGGCCGAGGGUUUGGAAGGAGUUUAUGUUCUCGCGGCCACUAGUCGGCCCGAUCUGAUUGAUUCUGCACUCCUUCGCCCGGGACGUCUUGAUAAAUCCCUCUUCUGCAAUAUGCCCGAGUACGAAGAGCGCAAAGAUAUUCUGAAAGCUGUGGCAAACAAACUGGCAGUUUCCCCAUCUGUUGAUUUCGACAACCUGGCUGCAGAGACCGACGGUUAUACAGGCGCCGAUCUUCAGGCCCUGCUAUACAAUGCACAUCUUCAAGUAAUACAUGCCAGCAUCGACGCUGAUGCCUUGGCCAAUACCCCGUCAUCGCGACAAGAGGAUGAGACGCCAAUACAACAUGUGACGAUAGGAGGCCCAGCCGUAACAAAAGUUACAAGGGCGGAAGAAAUGGCUUUUCAAAAACGACUUCGCCAGAUACAGGUGAAUUCAGCCCCAGCUGCGAAUUCUUUUACUCCGGGGCAACCCCCGCCUCCACGAAAGAUGGACGAAAUUAGGCAGGAACAUAUUUGUUUGGCCCUUAAGACAACAAGGCCAUCCCUAGCACUAGAAGAACGCCAGCGUCUUCAGCGAAUUUAUCAAGGGUUUACUUCAGACCGCAGCGGCGACUUACCCGUUCCUGAUGCUGGGGGUAUUGGCAGCCAUGUAACACUAAUGUAG